GCCUGGUUACUAGUGGGCGCCGCUCACGCCCGCACCCUCCCCCCCACCCCGCACCCUCGAAGCCUCCUCACUGCGCCAGCCUCAAGUCGAGAUCCUUCCGUUUUGACGAUUAUUUUUAUUCGUUAUAGCGGACAGUGAGUGCCAGUUCCCCUCGAGGUUUCCCAGGAGUUGGAGUCGCGUGUUCUUGUCUCUCUCUCCCUGCGCCGCGGAGUCGGUCGCGGUGCCUCGCUCUGUCCCUUCCCCAGCAGGAGAAACUGUCAUCCAACGUUUGUGCUUCGGAAAGUCCAAAUCGACAGAACCCUAGAAAAAGAAAUUCUAAAAAAAAGAAGUUUCUGCGUUUUCCAAUUUCAAAGAAUCGUCCCUUUUUGUUUUGGUUUUGUUCAUUGUUCAGUGCUAAGUGUAGUGUGAGUGCCUGCGAGGAGUUCUAAUUCGAAGGUAUGUGAUGUGGGUGUAACUCCUAGCGUGUUACACCUACAGAAAUCUUCAACUACACCAAAAAAGCGAGAGAAAGAGAAACAGAGACAGAGAGAAAGAGAGAGAGACAGCAAGACGCAGCCAUGGCCAGAUUACGGAUACUCCUGGUGUGGGUGUGCGUCCUGAUGGCGGGCACGGAGCCCCGAGCGGUGCCGCUCCGGAAUCACGGCGGGGUCAUCUUCGGCAGCGACUUCCUGCGCAUCCUUGACCCCCGACAUCAGUCUGGAGACGCGACGGGUGCCGCAGAGGCUGUCGCCGCGGGGGCGACCGAUGCGGCGGCGCAGUCAGUCCAGCUGCAGCGGCCGCCUCCCUCGGGCAGACAGCUGCACGACGAGCCAGCGCAACGACGACCGCCGAGCCCGUUUGCCGCGCCAAGCGUGACGGGGUCGUCGCCGCUCACAAAUCGGACGCAAAGUCCAGACAAAGACCGCGUUGCCACACGUUUAAGCAACGAUAAUGACCACGUUUCAUCUUCUCCUUCUACUAUUUUAGCGUCGUCUACGCCCUCACGGAGAGCCAACGCUCUGCGGAGAAAGCAAUCUUCCAGCAGGACGGCGCAGACGCGGCCCUCAACUUCGCACCACAAGUUCGGCAGGAAGUUUGCGUCGGGCGCGUCCCUCAAUCACCACAGAUCGACCACGACGACGGCGAAGACGUCCUCUAUCUCCACGCCCUUGCCCGAAACCAGGAGGGCUGGCGCGUGCGCUACCGUCAGUCCAGCCGCUGGGAAAGUGUUUCUGGAUUCUCCCGUGUCUGCCAGUCCCGCUGAAUCACAGGCAGGUACUACCGAGGGAAGUUUUAGUAUACCGUUUGAUGAUUACGACUACUACUACUACUAUUAUGCUGAUGACAUCGACUCUCUGCUGAGUGGUGACCCAGCCGUCGAUGCAGCCACGACUGAGAAGACCAAGAGAACAACGCAGCCAGCAGCCAGGCGAUCCACCACAGGGACGUCCACGGCCAGCAUAUUCUCAAAAAUCACCACCGCAGCGCCUGUAACGCCUUCUCCACGUCCUUCGCGCACGACACGGACGACGAAAGCGACAGCUCGAACGCCGUCCACGGUGGACUCCACAACGCCAGCAACAGUCCCAGACUCAGUGACAUCAAGGACUCUCAGAUAUCGCACUACAUCAAAGGCGAAAGCCAAUGCUACGAGAAACCUGGCUGCAACGACGCCAUCUUCAAGGGCGACAGAACCUACAGCAAAAUCAACCACAACGACGACAUCCACAGUCACAGAACGGAGAACCACAACAAUCAAACCUACACCAGAGAGAGACGAUUUCAGUGUAACAGAGAGAAGCUUUACAGUAUCUUCCGAAAGAGUGACCGCAGGUCGGCGCACUGUGCCUGCGACAACAGAGAAACUCACUUCCACCGUCACUGCUUCCUCGCCGGCCCCUGCUCCCUCGUCCACCACCAGCAAGCCAUCUUCGACUACAAAACCAGAUUCUGCUGCUGAGACAUCCACCAGAAGCGAGUCGUCCUUCAGCAAGGCACCGUCGAGAUCUGGGUCACUCUCCAGCAGCAGGUCGUCCUCCAGAUCACUAUCACAGUCCGUUCUGAAAACGUCGAGAGUUUCGUCGGCUACAUCUACAACCACGCAGUCACAUCUCGAGAGAAAGAAUAAGCUUCCCACAUCCAGGACGAGCAACACGUCACAAUUCCGGUACACCACCUCAAGGCCUCAAGUUACAGAGAAAGCAUUGAGAGUUAUUACAGAGAGCUCAGUUACAGAGAGCUCAGUUACAGAGGAAACCCAGAGUGAAAGAUCGAAGGUCACUGAAGGACCACAAAGACCACAGAGUUCUCCUCAAGAGGACACCAAACGAACCACCAGGUUGCAGGUACCAGUAAUACCAAAAGAAACGACAGAAAGCACCGUUGCAGAGGAAAGCGAUAAGGCUGUCAUAAUCAAGGCAUCCGAAUCCCCAGAGGAAACUUCAGAGGCUUCAUCUCCGAAGAAAACGAGCGAGGCCACGAGAACCCAGCCAACCCAGCCACCAAAGGAUGAUACAAAAGCCUCGGUCCCGGAAGACGGUGGACAGUCAACCAGGCUCGGGAUUGCCUCGUCCUCCUCGGUUGUGGUUGAGGUCCGAGUGGAAUCUCCCCCUCGACCUGAACCUCGAAGGAUGCCGACGUCUGUCAAUCAGUCCUCCAUUCAGGCCCUUGAUCGCGGCAGAGACAAUAAGGAUAAAGACCCAUCACCGCCCUCCCCACCCCUGGCAGAAGCGGAAGAAAGUCCAGCUACUUCUUCCCCUACGAAUUCCACCGCGGAAGAAAAUUCCAACGCGUCAGCAGCAACGACCUCUUCUUCACUACGGACAGUUCACACUAUCAAUCCCGAACGCCACACAACCAGCUUCCUUCUUAGCGAGCCUCUGGUGGUGGACAUCGUCACAGAGCCAAAGAUGAGCGAUCGAAGUCCCAGUGAGAAGUCAGACGCAACGCAAAGCCCUCCUUCAGCGAAAUCUACCCAAAAUUCCUCUUCCAGUAACACCACUGAAGUUCCUGAGGCCGGUGAAGACCAAGCAAAGCCUCAGGGUAAGACUCCAGCAGAGGAGAAUAAGUCGAAAGCAGUAGAAACACAAGAGAAUGCAAAGGAGGCGGAGAACCAAACAACAAAUGCAGACACGCCUACAGAAGAGCAAUCCCUGAAUCAAACACAGAGUCAAAGCGUGAGCACCUCGGUCUCCAGGACAGAGUUGAGGACUGCUGAGAUCUCUACCAGUGUAGCUGGAUCUGGAAGCACGUCCACCGAUCCCGUUGAACCAGCAGCAGCAACUUCUAACACAACAGAACCACCUACAGUUUCUACCACGACUCCCUCAGGUGUGAAUUCCACCACACUCCCUUCGUCUAAACCCAAGAUUGGCGCCCCUUCAGGCAGACUUAUAGUUGGUUCCCCUCGCGCCCAGCAAGGACUAGCACCACAAGGUCUCGCACCAUUUGGCCAGGCCCCAGGGGGGUUGGCACCAUUCGGCAACGCUCCCCAUGGCUUGGCCCCAAAGGGACUCAUUCCAACUGGGUUGCACCCUCACGGUCUAGCCCCACACGGACUCUCAAAGCUUGGAGACAGUAACAGUACCGGGACUAACAGCACGGGCUUGACAUUUGUAGAUGCGAAUGUGGGAGGUGGAGCAGAUGCCAAUAACACCGUGGGCUACGUCGUGGAGGAACACAACAGAAGUCGCUUCCGUCUUGAGGAGAAAACGCAAGACGGUUUCAUCAUCGGCGAAUACGGGGUGGUCGACCACGCGACCGGCGACGUCAACGGCGUUCGGUACACUGCCGACAGUAGCGCCGACCCUCACCUAAUAUACGAAACGCUCAUGAAGUUCCUCGAACUGUAGGGAAGCUGGUGCAUGGCAGUCAGUAAUGCUGCGAAGAGUUUCUGCUGCUGUUGUGAUAUGUCCUCUUGCUAGACAGUUUUCCAGGAUGAUGGACAGAGCCAUUGAAAAUAUUUUAUUUUAUAGUACCGUCUUUCCUUUAGGGUAAUUAUAUUCUCUCUUCAUACACGAACAUAGUGAAUCAACUGUUGAAUCUCACACAUGAAAGGUAUAGCUCAAGUAAUUUAACUUUAUUCACAUGGUCAUAUAGGGCAAAUUUAAUUUAUUUCUGUAGGAAGCAGAAACGUAAAGAUCAUUUUGGUAUCAAAAUUGCAUUAAGAAAGUUACUUGUGCUCUACCCUUAUAAUGGCUCUACCCGUCACCCCUGAAACUACAAAGCAUUGCUCGUCUAGCAUCGUUCGUCGCUAUUUAUUUGAAAGGCAUAUUUAUCUGGUGAAAAAAAUAACAAAAUACUGCAUUUGUAUAUCAAACACAAUUCAACUGCAUACAACUGUCAUUAACAUAAAGAGACUAAAAGUGAAAUUGAAUCUGUGAAGUAAACUUAAGUUAACAGAGGUCUUUUAUAGUGUCAGAAUGAUGCAUGGGAGGCAAGCGACCUUCUUAUCUGUGAUUUAUAUUUGUGAUGCUCAGCCUUACUGUAGAAGACAUAGAUUUCCGGACUCCACUCGCACCAUGACAGGGCAUUACCUACCUGAGUGAGAUGUGCAUGUCUGGAGCACGGGAUUAUUGCUAAGGAAUCCGCCAUGGGACAUUAAGACAUGGAGACUUCUAACACUAAGGAGGAUAUAAAACUACAUGUGCACACACACACACAACACACACACACACACACACACACACACACACACACACACACACACACACACACACACACACACACACACACACACACACACACACACACACACACACACACACACACACACACUGGUAUACAUUCCUUGGCAAUUUUCCUUUCCAUUAACAUUUUAUAUUCAGUAUUCAUAUCAAAUCCUUCACUGACCCAAAUCACGGAGAUUUGGGUGACCUUCACACAACACAGAAUGAACACCAUUAACAAAGCUUCAAAAGGAGGUAGUCACUUAUCUAAAGAUGAACUAAACUAUUAUCAAAGUCAUUAAUUAGGAGCCAUCCCCUAUGACAAGUAAUUAGCUACUAUUCCACUCCCCAAAUUCCAGUUAGACCUAUUGAGCCAAGUUCAUUAGUUAAAGGACUGCCUCUAAUUACACGAGGGACACUUCACACUUUCCACUACAUAAACUUUGCGAAGAAAGCAAUCUUCAGGUACACUUCAUUUUGUUACCAAGAGUAUUUCCCUUUCCUACAAUUUUUUCUUAGGCUGGUGAGUUCCACCUCGGCACCAAUGGAAGAAGACUGUGAAAUGUAAACCACCGUCUCUUUUCUGGACUGUAACCUUGAACUGAUGGGUAUUAUUUUUCUCUUCCAACGAGGCAUUUAUAAAAACCUAAAUCAAUAAUAAUCAAAUGUUAUUUUAGACUAUACCUCUGUUUUGUUCCCUAGGAAAGAAUCUCUGUGAACUAGGAUCAUUUGUUUUUGUGGGCAUUUAUCACCCUUCCUUCAGAUACUUUUGUACAUAUUAAUAGUUUAUUUUGUGCCCUUCUGGAUGAAUCAGGGUCUUUGUGCGAUGUGCCAACACUCUCUGUAGAAUGGAAAAGGAGUCUGAGAUGUUAUGUGGUCAAGUAUUCUUUUGUUUGUAUUUUUUCCAUUAGUUGUAGAGAUGCAUAUCAUUUGUGUUACAAGUCACUCCUUAAAUGAUGAAAAUAACUGAUACUCCUAUGUAAAAAAUCAUAAAUAAAUACUUUUUCCACACUGU